UCACAAAAAAAGCAGUGAUGAGUCGAGGAUUCAGAGAUUCAACGCCAUUAUCAAAUACUUCAACCUUAUCUGCUUCAUGUAGCAAUGGAGUUUGUAUGAUGAGUAGCACAUGGAGAGAUGAACAACACCCUUCCUUUCUCAGUUUCAUCUCUUGCUUUCUCAAUGAAAAUUCUUUCCGUUUAAAUAUUGUGCCAAUUGCACCGGAUUUUAUCUUUAACUGUGGAGGUUUGUCGAUUGCUUUCAUGUUUGUGACCAAUUGGGAUGGCAUCGACAUGAUAUCUAUCUUUAGAAAAGUUCAGAAAUUGAAGGAGCAGUUUGCUAACUUCUAUGUUGUUAUCACCCUCCCUACAAAGGAACAGAAUGAUUCUUUCAUAUACUCCUAUAUCAAGUACGGAAUGCAACUUGGAAGGCCAACGUUUGUUCCUGUGCGAGACUUAGAGAUGGGCUUCGAAAAGAUCGUGAAGAUAGCACAUGCUCGUGGGGCAUGUAAACGCCAGGAUGCAUUGGCAAAAAUAAAAGCUGAGAAGGAAAAAUCAGUACAGGCAAUGGAGAUUUACCUACAAGUGGUUACAUCAAUCCCUGGAGUUGACAGCCACGAUGCAAAUGUGCUUAAUCAAACUAUUGGUUCAAUUGAAGCAAUAGCUAAGUCAUCAAAGGAGUACAUUCUGGAAACUACUGACCUUUCACCCACCACAGCUGAGACAAUCACAAGGUUUUUCAGAGAUCCAAAGUUUUAUCUUGCUCCCAAAAUGAGCUGAGUUAUACUUUUAAUUCUAGAGCAGUGACUUUGAACUAUAAGUGGAAGUCGAAUGAACUUUAUCCACUGGAGAUGUAGCUGCAGACUAGUGCUUCUAGCUUGACCCUGCUGUAUCUAUAGUAUAACAUGUAUGGAGGACUCAAAAAGAAAUCAGAAGGCUCUUCAAAACUUUCUUCUCUUGCUUAAGGAA